AAGGAUUCGAAUAGGAGUCAAAGUCAAACCAGAGGAGACAUAGAGACAUCUCACGAAAACGUGGCUUGCAAGAUGCGUUUUUUGUGCCACCUUGCGUGGUCUGUCGUCGUGGUCGGACAGGCUCACGCGUUAAACGGAUUCUUCACUCAGCCUCAAGGCGGAGAAGACGCCAUGGAUGUGGAGAAAUUAUGCAUACAUAUGGUAAAAGGUAGAUCAAAAAAAUACUGCGCGGCAAGAGGCUGUUUCUGAAACUUAUUCAAUAGUCUUGGUGAGGUGGUAGCCCUUACAAGGUAUUUCAGAACUUGUAUGUGAUAUCGCUUCUUAACUGACUACGUGCAGUAGUUGCAUCAGGGGCACCAAGAUUAAGUACUUUUGAUGUAUGACUUGGGAGAUGGCAUUUUGUUCAUAAUUUUCUACUAGGAUUUUCAUGUUUUUCUUUGUUCAUACCUUCCGGGAGAGGAGAAGAGUGAAGUGCAGCAGGGACCAACAGCGGAUCAAGCCGGAUCAAAGGAAGACGCAGUAGGACGCAAGCGCAAUGCCGUGGAUGAAACCGGAGACGAAAACCAUGAGGAACAAGAAGAAACAGAACAGCAGUCUAAGAAAGCUAGAAGGGAGUUUCUUUUUCUGGAUUUGGGGACGCUCUGA